AUGGACCUCGAGAAUGAUGGCGCCGCGGGUACCGCCGCCGUGUGGGCGCCCGUCUCCCCGCCGCAAAUCCCUCUCGUCGACGGAUUCAGCUUUCACCAAGCGCCGCUUCCGUGCGCGGCGGCUAAAUCCACGGAAAACAACGAAUGGGGCGGCGGUUUCAUGGUAGAAUGGGCGGGCGGAAAGCGCAGCGAAGAGUGGGGGGUGGAGAACGGGGGUGACAGUUGGGGCGUUAUGGGGGAGGAGGAAAUGAUCGUGGAGGGAGUUGCGGAAGCUCCGCCCACUCCGCUGAUCCAAGCGCGCAAUAACAUCUCCGCUUCUGCCGAUGUCUCCCCCAAAAAAACCGCCACUGUUGCCACAUGUGUAACGAACGGAUGGGAUCCGCUGCAUCUGAACCUGCAGUCUCGGGAGAUUGUUCAGAAGAAUCUUCAGGAGAAGCCACAGUGGCAAGUCGGCCAAGGCAACGACGGCUCCUGCCUCACCACUUCCCCCACCGCCGCCACCCCCGCCCGCGGCGGCUGCGCUAGCCGCCGAAGCCUCGGGGGAGUGACCCCUUCCGCAGCAACCAGCUCUUACGCCGCUGGCGCAUCUUUUGGACCCGCUAACGCUGCGCCCGCUAUCCCCCUUCUGACUCUUCCGCCAUCCGCUUCCUUCACGGGCUCGCCGCCUAGCGCUGCUGCCUCGCACGGUACGGGCACUCAAACCAUGGAAUGUGGCGGCCACGUGCCAGCAGCGUGGUUCACUCCCACUGCCACGUCAGCCACCAACGUCCCCCCUGCAUCGCUGAUGUCAGCACUGGGGUCGCUUCAGGGCAAGAUUGCCGCGCUGCAGCUGUUGAUUCCGCUGGUGGCGCAGAGCGGCCCCGAGCCCGCCGUGCGCGAGCAGCAGGAGGCGGCGGCGGUGGGCGUGGCGGCGGUGAUUCAGCAGGUGGCGCUCGCCGCCGUGGGGCUGCUUCCGCCGCGCCUGCAGGCGCAGCUUCUGCUGCCCGACAUCGCGGGGGUGGUGCGCGCGGAACAGAUGCGCGCGGAGCAGGAGCAAUUGGCGCAGAAAUACGCGGAGCUGGGGAAUGCGGAUCAGUCCGCGGAGAAACAGCAGGUCGAGGCGGAGGCGCAGGGGCAAGCGGAGGCGGAAGGGGUGCAGCAGCAGCCGCACAUGCAGGAGGCGAUGAUGAUGGCGCUGGCGCAAGCGCUCCAGCUGCAGGAGCAGCAGCAACAGGAACAGCAGCAGCAGCAGCACGAGCAGAAGCCACUAGCGCUUCCCACCGCUCCCUCUCCUCCUCUGCCUCCUGCUAUCACUAUGUUUGCACCCGACGCCGCUGCCCCUUCAGCCGCGCCUCCGCCUGCUCCGCUUGCGCUUGCUGACCCUCUUGCGGGGCCUGCUGACACUCUCCUUCCCCGCCCUCCCCCUCCCCUCGCUUCACCCGUUUCCGCAGCGGCAUCCGGAGCCGGCGCCAGCACGGGGGAAGGCGAAUCUGAGGCGGGACAGGAGGGAGGAGACAAGGAGGGAGAGCAGGAAAGAUCGGGAGGGAGCAAGAGGAGAAGGGAAUAUGAUGAUGAAAUGGAGGCAGCAAUGGGGGAAGGGCCACUGAAGCAAGCUAAGGUGGCGGAGAGCCAGGCAGCUGAUGCCUCUGGGGAAGAAGCAGCACCAACCAGUCAGCAUCCUGGUGCAGCAUCCCGGUCAGCUUCUGGUACAGCAUCUGAGGCAGCAGCAGGAGCGGCAUCAGGCGGAGAGUCCAUGGGAGAGGGCUGCGAAGGCUCCAAGGCAGACACAGACACUGUCGCAGCCACAGCCAGUGCCAGCGACAGCGGCGAGGAGGCGGCAGCAGCAAGCAGCGGCGGCGGGGCGGGGUGGGGAGCAGAAGGCGUGCGUGUGGGGGAGUGGAUGGUGGUGGAGAUGCGCGUGGCAGAGCUGACCAACGACCAGAUGCACUUCUGUGACGCAUGCGGCAAGGGCUUUAAGCGCGAGGCCAACCUGCGCAUGCACAUCAAGGCACACGGACGCAUGACCCCCAAUCACCCAGCAGCGUCUCCUCCUCCCCUCUCCUCUUCCCUAUCGCCCCCCGUGGACCCAGCACAGUUCCGCUUCAGCUGCCCUGUAGCGGGGUGCAAGCGGCACCGGGAGCAUGUGGCCUUCCAGCCGCUCAAGACGGUGCUGUGUGUGCGCAACCAUUACCGCCGCUCGCACUGCCCCAAGCUGCUCGCCUGCUCGCGGUGCGGCGGCGCCAAGCGGUUUGCAGUGCUGGCGGACCUGCGCACGCAUGAGAAGCACUGCGGCCUUACCAGCUGGACCUGCUCCUGCGGCUCCCGAUUCAGCCGAAAGGACAAGCUGAUGGCCCACCUGGUCACCUUCAUCGGCCACUCUGCCGUCUCGCCGGGGAACAACCGUGCGUGA